AUGGAUGAUCGGUUCUAAUGAACCGGUGCGAUUAAUUAAUAAUCUAAUCGUGAAUCUGAAUUGGCUCUCAAGGGGAGUUUAACUCGAAGCGUCGUCGUUUUAGCCGAUUCGAACGAAGAAAGUUGUCGUCUGGUCUCUCGUGUCCCUCCGCUGCCUGCCAACAAAUGGAGCUGUCUUCCGCCAUUUACAGUCAAUCCUCCGCCGCUCAGAUUCUGAGACCUAAGCUCUGCUUUACAGUUUCUAUUCCUCAGAGAGCAUCGAUCGUUUCUUCUUCUUCGCCUCCCCGAUACUUGCGGAUGGAAACUCAAUCUCAGCCUCGUCAAUCAAUCUCCUGCGCUUCUUCACCCAGCAACAACGUUUCUCCUGCGACUUCUAACGAAUCAGCUCGAGUUGGGGAAGUGAAGCGAGUAACAAAGGAGACGAAUGUGUCAGUGAAGAUCAACUUGGACGGCACUGGAGUUGCUGAUUGUUCCACUGGAAUCCCUUUCCUUGACCAUAUGCUCCAUCAACUUGCUUCACAUGGCUUGUUUGAUGUGCACGUAAGAGCUACUGGUGACUUUCACAUCGAUGACCAUCACACUAAUGAAGAUAUAGCUCUUGCCAUUGGAACCGCUCUGUUGAAGGCACUUGGUGAGCGUAAAGGAAUUAAUCGGUUUGGUGACUUCACAGCUCCUCUAGAUGAAGCCCUUAUUCAUGUUUCCCUGGACUUGUCUGGUAGACCAUAUCUUGGUUACAACUUGGAGAUUCCAACACAGAGAGUUGGGAACUAUGACACUCAGUUGGUGGAGCACUUUUUCCAGUCGUUGGUGAAUACUUCCGGUAUGACACUUCACAUCCGUCAGCUUUCGGGUAGAAACUCGCAUCACAUAAUAGAGGCGACAUUUAAGGCCUUUGCCAGGGCUCUACGACAAGCAACGGAGAAUGAUCCUCGCCGUGGUGGCACCAUACCAAGUUCAAAAGGAGUCUUGUCACGGUCCUGAGAGCUGAGCAAUCACAAGAAGAAGCUCCCAGAAACUUGCUGAAAGAGUGUUUUGUAUGACCAUUUUUGGAACAGUCUAUUAUCAUCCUGUAUCAAACUCAGAAACUUGCUGAAAGACUUGCUAGUCUUCUAGAAAAGUCAAAUGUCUUAAAACGGCCUUGUCGGUAGUUAACAGUUAAUAACGGCAACAGUUACGGUUAAUCCAGAGAAUGUUUCCAACAGAUAA